AGAGAGAGAUGAAAUUAGACUUGGGCUACCUCAUCGAAAGAAAUUGGGCCUGCGCAUUUGUCAUGGGCUUUGUUCGGAACUAUCAAGCAUCAACUGACUCGUCUCCUUCAUCUUUUUUCAAUGAAACCUUCAUUUUUCACGUAGCUUUGCAGCAGUUAUUAGAGAGAAAAUGGGGGCAUGUGAAUUCAAUGUAUAAUGGAGAAGAAGAAAGCCGACGGAAGCGAAUUCAAGCUUCUCCUCUCGUGCCCCUCCGGCAUCUCUCCUUCUCAGAUGUCUGUGGCUUUCGAUCAAUUGUACGAUAGGGUUCCGCAUCGAGAUCCUAUACUGGAAGGUUCCAUUUCCGAGGUAUGGGAGAAAAGAGUUCAACAAAGCCCAUCAUUGUUCAAUGGUCUAAAGUUUAGGUAUGGAGGAUACAUUUUCAAUUCUAUCAUCGGAUCUCCGCAAGAGCCUCAUGUUUGCCUUCAUCUUGGUCUCACGGAUUAUAGGACAUUUGUGGGUACCAACUUGAGUCCUUUGUGGGAAAAGUUUCUUGUUCAGUCUGAAGAUGAUUGCUCGCAGUGUCAGCAUACAUCAAAUCCUCUUGGCAAUGGAGCAAUUGUGGAGACGUCUGACAAAAAGAUACUUGUGCUUCGAAGAAGUAAUAACGUGGGAGAAUUUCCUGGAUAUUUUGUUUUCCCUGGCGGCCACCCAGAGCCCAAUGCAGUUGGAUUGACUUGCCCUAAGAGUGACACAGACCCGAAUCACUGCGAGAUUAUUAACAGAAAAGCUUCUCAAGAAAUGUUUGAUAGCAUUUCCCGUGAAGUUGUGGAAGAAACUGGCGUUCCUGCAGCUAAUCUCUCCACCCCCAUCUUUAUAGGCAUAUCACAAAGGGUGUUGAAUGUUCGACCAACUGCCUUUUUCUUCAUAAAAUGCAAUCUUCCGGCUAAGGAAAUUCAGGACAUGUAUUCCGGUGCAGAAGACAGUUUUGAAUCAACCCAACUUCAGGCUGUUUCAAUGAGUGAAUUGGAGAGCUUAGCCAGCAAAAUGCCAGGGUGCCACAGGGGAGGACUUGAGCUGUACAAACUGAUGCACAAGCCAUGACAGAACCCAGGCAUUCAUUCUUAAGAUUACGUAUUUUACGGAGUACUAAUUUGUAUUCAUAUGUUAUGUUUAAAAUUUAAUAUAAUUGAUUUUUAAAAUUUGUCCAGUUUGACUCAAAAAAAGUUAAAUCGAACUAAUAAUUUGGAAUUGACCGAGUAAUAAUUGAGAGGGGAUCAUGUGCUCUGGAUGCUUCUCUCCCAGAAAUGGUCAUAAUGAAUAUGGCAUAUGGUU